CCUGUCGACCAAUACAUUGUCUUCACCCCAACAUGCCCUGCAAACGUCUCCCAGUCAAAACUGUUGCUAAAGAAAAGACCUAUAUUCGGCCGUGUCAGCGAAGAGUAUGAUCCUUGCACAGAGAAGCACUCUAGAGUGUACUUCAAUCCUCCAGAGGUUCAAAAGGCCCUCCACGUCCCACCCGAAUUUGCACCAUCCAAAUGGGACAUUUGCAGUGAUACCGUGAGUGAACACUGGAUUGAUUCUCCACCCUCGGUUCUGAACAUUUACCACGAGCUUAUAGCCGCUGGACUUCGUAUCUGGGUUUUCAGUGGAGAUGCUGAUGCUGUUGUACCGGUCACAGCAACCCGUUACAGCAUAGAGGCUCUCAACCUUCGUCCUCUGAGCCCAUGGUAUUCAUGGUACAUGGAUGGACAGGUCGCAGGCUGGACCCAGCAAUACGCAGGAUUGAACUUCGUUACAGUGAGAGGUGCAGGCCAUGAAGUACCUCUGCACAGACCGAAGCAGUCUCUUGAGCUCUUCAAGGCCUUCGUGUCUGGAAAUCCGCUACCAACGUCUGAGAAGAACAGCGGCCACAUGCCUGAACAAGCCAUUGUUGUCCCUGAACUUGUCAGUGAUGCAUGAUGAGAGCUCUGCCUGUUAAGGUUCACUGGGGUUUGAUCAGAAACUUUGAAAGAGCUAUUCUAGGAAUAAAGAGGCAUAUAAUUCAGACGUUUUUGUCAUUCUUGAGAUUACUGUCUGAAGCUUCUGAUAGUAAGAAAGAGGCUAUAUAAUAAGUGUCUGCAGCAUGUAAGCCUCCGUGGUUACUUGACU